GCAGAUAUCUGCAACAUCCAACUGAUAUUUCCUAGCGGCGGGCACUUGGAUUAGGACGUCGGUGAAGUUGGGAUACGAUGACGACAGUGGAGUGGCCUGUACUGCCGCUGAACCGGACACCUCCCGGGUCCUACUUCCCCGCUAUCCCCCCGCCAACCCCGCCGGAGGCACGGUCCUACCCACAGGCGGUCAGGAAUGCACCAGUCACGGCACUGAUGGGAAUUGUGGUGGACGGACGGCAGCCUGAGAGGCACCCGGAGACUGUGAGAUGUCGUGUACGGAAACAAGUGGGCAGCACCAACCGGUGGCGCCUGCCACAGAGUCUGGGGAGUGACUUACUGGGUACUUCACAAGCCGUUAAAGCCAUCAAGGUACCAGCCUGGAGCGACAGUGUACGCAGCAUCAUGACAGGAGAGAGUGCGUGCACGUCAGUAAACCGUGACCCUGAAAAGGUGUACACCUUCCAGACAGUGGAGAGCCGGCCAUUCUCCUCACCACGGUUACUGAGGAAAGCUGCCCUUAGCCGCAGCUCCUCUCCCUCCAUCCCCUCCCCACCCAGAACAGCUCCUGCUCAGAUGGUCAGCCCUCGUCUUGCCGUUCACAAACCCCUGACACCCCACUACCCGACCCCAGCACAAGUCUUCCACUACCACUCCAAACAUAUCUUUGAUGUGGCAGGGCCAGAUGUGGUUCUGCACUGCCUGAGCACCAGCUGGGAGCUCCACAAGCCAUUCCUGCAGAAGUCCAAGGUGCUGUCAGAGCUGCUGUACAAGGCUGAGAACCCCAAACAGCAGCAGUUCUACAGGGACAGGACAGCAGAGACACUGGACAGGUACAUCAGGGACAGCGACAUCUACAGUAAUGAAUACCAGGAAAUCAGCCAAAGACUGAACACAGUGACAAUAUCUGAUGGACCAAGAAAAGGCCUGAGUGACCCUGCCCACACGUCCAUCCAGCGAACCAGGAACGUCACUGCUAUAAAACUGAAGAUCAAAGAUGCCAACGUCACAAAGGAAGCACUGGCCAUCGCCCUUGGCAACCUGUACCAUGAUGACACCCGUGUGGAUGAGGAGGAUGUGGCAGGAGUGAUGGCAGCUGCCUAUCACAUGCAGUGUGCUGGGCUGCUCAACGGGUGUUCCCAAAUCAUGAUUGACACUGUGAAGGCCAGCAACGUCUGCACCUACAUGAAGGCAGCCAUACAAUACGAGCAGUCGUCAGUGAUCACCACAUGCGAGCGGUGGCUGGAGCUGAACCUGGUCCCACAGCUGUCCCUACAGAUCCACCUGAGAGAGCUGCCCAUGGAAGUCAUGAUCAAGCUCCUCAAGUCCACACGGUUGUUUACGUACAAUGAGUACUCCCUGUACAAGGCUCUGUGUAACUGGAUCUUCCUGAGGAGACACCCUGAGCUGCACCUCAUGCCCUCCCACUCCAGCAUCAUCACAUACUUCAACAGCCUGCCAAAGCACAGUGCGUUUCUGGAGCGUGAGGAGGGGCAGGUCUACAGCGGACUGUUUCUGUCAUUAAAGCUCCACGGCAUCACAGACACCUCACACCUGGAUGACAUCCAGCAGAUGAACAUCCUGCCGUACCAGUGGCUCCUCCGGGUUCUCACACAACAUUACCACUCACUUCAGGCAGGGGGCGAUAUGAGACUGCUCCAGUACAACUUCUACAGCGGUUCUGUCAGGGCUGGCUUCAUCAUGGAGCAGGACCCACCCUUCUACUGUGAGGUGAUGUCCAUCCAUGGUUUCCACUUUGAGCUGAAGGCAGUCAGGCUGGAUGCAGAGGGGACAUACACCUUCUAUAUACAGAGACUGAAGCCCAGUGACCCUGUGCUGUCGUUCCGUGCCUGCGAGCGCCAUACAUUCUCCCUGCGACAGGACCGAGAUGUUCGCUAUGACAUCAAGGUGCAGUGCUUCCUGGAUGGGCAGUACCAGUGCUGGUCAACAGGGGUGCAGGCACAUGGCUUCGGGCUGGAUGGGAAAACCUCACGGAGCAAACCCUUCACCCUGUCCAACCUGAAGUGCCCUGUGUAUGCCACCUUCCACAUGGUCUUCCCUCCUACAUAGGACCUGCAGCAACAAUGACCCGACAUGUCUGUCACCUGUCAAUCACCUCAUCAACCUUUCUCCACACAUUGCACUGUUCAGGGAAUCCAUAGUCAUAGAUUAAGUAUUGUUGUAGAGAAAUGUAAACUGUGUCAUGAACAAUGAAAGUACGAGCACAGAUUUGUUUUUAUCACCUGAUGAAACAUGUAACUCAGUUUACUGCCCAGCCUUAGAUUGUUUCCACUGUCUUCACUCUUGAACUUCAAGUUGAAGAGAAUGUUUGAUUGGUAAAAAAGCACCAGACCGCUUUUGAAUAACGUGAGGGGUUUUCUUGUGAAAAAAAUUGAUACUACAUUGAUACUACUUUUGGUCUUGCAUUUUUUUUUCUUUUACACAUGGCGCUGUCCAUGUUUCUGUUGCAUGUGAGUAAGACAGAGAAGAAUAUUGAAUGUGCAAUAGUUCAGUUGAACUUAUACAAUAACUGUAGUAUUUAUACACUUGUGCCAAGGCUAUAAAAGCAAGUUAGGUUAAUCUUUAUCUCAGAGACAAAGUAUGGCUGACCAUGUAAUGCAGGAGAUAAGACAUGUGGAACAGUGCACAUCAGGUUACACGGUAGGUAUAACAUUAGUGCCUGAAUUGUUGGAUGGAGUUCAUUAUGCUUUUAUAUAUGUACAUUUGGUGCAUUGUGGGAAUUAUGAAUUAUUUUCUAGUUUGAUCAACCAAAUGUCUUGGCAUAUGUAGAAUUUCUCAACAAAACAUGGAUAUUUACAUAGAAAGUAUUUCAAUCCAAAUACACUACUGUAUAUCUCCUUCCCAUGUACAGAGAUUUCAAAUAGUAUCUUUACCCUUGAAUGUGACAUUGCAAAGUGUUUUGCUAUUCUUUUGUUGUCAAAAAUAUUUCCUUUCUAUACUGUUGACUACCAUCAUAGCAAGAGAUAUGAAAACUUGUACAGAUAUUUUGUGUAUACAGCUACUUUUUAAACUUGUACCUCUUACUAACCGCCUUGAGCUUAUCAUUAAAGCUAUGAUGACAAUUAUGUCCUUGAGUGAUAUAAGAGUGGCUGUAUGUCAUUAAAUCAUCAGUGGCACCA